UCAUCUUAAUUAAACGUUUUUGCAUAAUUUCCCCCUGAUAAAACACUUGUUAGUUCCUUGACUGAAAGAGGAAGGAAGAACUCAGAUCACUUCCUGUCUCCCUGUCAAUCAAAAUAGAAAAAUAGCAAACUCUGUGUGAUCAAAGUCUAUAUUCCAUCAACAACAGUAUUGCUCAAAGGACUCUCUGCAGAUUGUUCAGAACAAAAUCUAAAUAUUUCUGGUUUCAGGAAAAGUUUAAGAAAAGCUAAAGGAGAGUGAACAAAGACUGAACUGUGCAGAAAUGACAGCUGUGAUCGGACUGUUGCUGAUGCUGUUCUCAGUCACUGAUGAUGAACAACAGAUAUUCAUUUAUUCCCUCUAAUGGGACAUUUUGGAUCAACAAUCUGAGUAGGAAUGACAGUGAUGAAUAUAGUCUUAGAACGUUUGAUACAAAUGGAAAACAGACAUCAAUCCACUCUCUUCAGUUAUCAGUUCAAGCUCCUGUGUCCUCCGUCUCUCUGGUCUCUGAGUGUUUGUCUCAGGGAGAGAUGAAGGUGUCCUGCUCCUCUGAGGGAGGGGACAGUCCUCAGUACAGGUGGACUCUGAAUGGAAAGUCACUGACAGAAGCUGAGCUGCUUUCUGGAAACAAGCAGACAAACAUCAUCACUUUGAAACAACACGUCUCUGGACGUCUGGUCUGUUCUGUCUGGAACCACGUCAGUUCUGUUUCUAAUGAGACAAACAUCUGUACCUGUGGUAUAGAAUCUUUUUGUGAUUCAAGACAGGAUGAAGCUCAGUGUUAUGGAGCUGAUGGUGGAACUGUGUUCAUACAGCUGAUGAACGACACCUCACAGACAGACGUAUAUGAAUGGAGGAAGGGUAACUUCAUAAUUCUCAAAGGGAAAAAGUAUGAAAUAACUGCUAAUAUAUUAGAGAACAGAUCCUCAUUUUUUUUCAAUAAUGGAACAUUUAUGAUUAAAAACCUGAGUAAAAGUGACAGUGGUGAAUAUAGACUCACAGUGUUUGACUCAGAAGGACAGAUGACAGAAACUCGGACCACAUGGUUAACUGUUAAAGUGGAAGAAGAUCAAAACUGUGAAAGAUGAACAGUCGGCUGAAAGACACAGAACAACGUUUUCUGAGGAUUUCUCUGAAAAUGAACAAACUCUGUACAGUAAUGUUUAACCAAAAUCAUGAUAACACCCAAAAGAAAAAGCUUAAUUUGUACACAUCAGAUCAAUAAAAAUGAAUUGUUCACACAUUCAGAGAUUCUGGUCUGUUUUAUGACAUCUAUGAAAUAACAUUGACUGUAAAUAUU